UUCCCAUUUUGCUCUCAAAACCCACGCCUUUUCUCUGAAACCCCCAAAGCUUGAAUCCUCUCUAAUGGCGGCGACCGAUGAACCCUCCGAUCAAGCCUCGUUUCCAUCGUAUUCGGAGAUGAUAAUGGCGGCGAUUGAUGCGCUGAACGAUGGGAAUGGAGCUAGUGAGUCUUUGAUCUCGAAGUUCAUAGAGGAGACGUAUGGAGGGUUGCCAUCGACGCACUCGGUGGAUCUCGCAGUGGAACUAGCACGGAUGAAGGAUAGCGGUGAGCUUGUUUUGGGUGAGAAUUACUACAAGAGGCCAGAUGCAGGAGUAGCUCCGAAGCGAGGCCGUGGUCGGCCACCGAAAGGCGAAGAUCUCAGGGACGACGGUGAGGCGGUGGCGACGCCGACGGUGGCGGCAUCGAUCGUUCCUCGGCCGCGUGGGAGGCCACCGAAACCUAAAGAUCCACUUGCGGCUGCUGUUGCCAAGGCUGCACAUGGGCUUCCCAAACGCCGUGGACGGCCACCGAAGAAUCCUCGGGCGCCGGCGGCGGUGGCUCCGGUGGCUCCGGCGGCCGUCGUUGGGGUGAAGAGAGGGCGUGGGCGACCUCCGAAGGUGAAACCCCAGCUCGGUGAUGUAGGGUUUGGUUGAUGAUUGAUGCGUAGUGAGAUUGUGAUUGAUGAGCAGAAAAAAAGUGUUUCUAAUUCCGGUUUCUUUGUCUGUUUGACCUCUGCUGAGCUGAAUUUCUCUUAAAUUCAAUUGUUCUUCAAAAA